AUGUUGCUUUCUUUUCUCUUUCCUCUAGGCCUGUGCCCAGACUGGGAGACCUGGGACCCCAGCCAGCCGGUGGAGAAUGCCCGGGAAGCCAUGCAGCAAGCGGACGACUGGCUGGGGGUGCCUCAGGUGAUAGCCCCCGAAGAGAUUGUCGACCCCAAUGUGGACGAGCACUCUGUCAUGACCUACCUUUCUCAGUUCCCCAAAGCCAAGCUGAAGCCUGGGGCCCCCACUUCGCUCCAAGCAACUGAACCCCAAGAAGGCCAAGGCCUACGGCCCAGGCAUCGAGCCCCACGGCAACACUGUGCUGAAGCCAGCCCAUUUCACGGUGGAAACUAUCGAGGCCGGCUUGGGAGAAGUGCUCGUCUAUAUCGAAGACCCUGAAGGACAUACAGAGGAG